CAUAAUUCUCUGCGAUGAAGUUUUUAGUAAUAAUUGCAUUUUCUGGUCCGAAGAAUCCGACGCUCGCCAAAUUCAUGUUGAGGAAUGAGAUGUUAUGAAUACAUACAUACAUACUACAGAUUGAUUCCUUACCAUUAGCAGACACUAUUUAUGAGAUAAUUGCACAACAUUAGCUUCAUAUACAAUGGAGGUUAUGCUAAAAUAUGGAUCUCCUCUAUUGUUAUUCUGCCCUCCAGAAGUUUGUUUCAGGAGAAGAAAUUGUCUCACUGUUGUGAAUGAAGCAUAUCCAUCUCAAUCUGGUUUCAAAAGAGCUAAAUUAGCUGCAAAAAAAGAGGGAUAGGUUAAGUCUUCCAAAUUACACUGAUAUACUUGGGAACAAUAAAGUAUAUCAUAUUAGAGACUUCUUGAACCAUUCAUCGGGAAUUGAAUCUAUCUUGAAUAAAGACGCUUUACAAAGUUACCAGCCUCUUAAUUCUAAUACUUUCAGAUAUGGACCCAACCAAAAUGGAUCCUCAGGUGUAAGCUUCCUAAAAUUCGGUUUCUGGACUUUGAAGUGGCCCCUGUAGUGGACUUGCGAAUAAUUCCAACCGAUUGCGAUUGUAUGGUUGAGUUGAUAUCAUGCAAGUUUGAGGGAUCAAAAACUAUGGAACGCCAAAAUGAAAGAUUUUCAGCUUCUUUAAUAAAUCACAUAACAUGGGAUACAAAUGAUUCUGGAGAAUUUCUGGAUGUCGAUGUGAAGCUGAAUCUUUCUCUUGAGAUCCAUACACUGCCAUUUACCAUGCUUCCAGUUUCAGCUGUUGAGGGACCUGGCAAUUUAAUGAUGCAAGCUCUACUUGAUAGGCUUGUGCCUUUACUACUUCGACAACUUCUACAGGAUUAUGACAAAUGGAUUAAGCAACAAUUACAUUAGACUUUGUUCUAUAUUCAGGGGCUGUAGUACCCUAAUUGUAUUUGUCAAAGAAAAUGCUAAGCAUAUAUAAUAUGAGUGUAUACGUAUAGAAAAUUGUAAAAAGUUUACAAAUCUCUUGAUGCGAAAGCAAGUCUUUCUUUUAGUAA